AUGCUCGCACUCCUCCUCCUUGCUGGCCAUGUGGCCGCGGGUGUCCUCAUGAAUCCACCACCACCAAUUCACACGCCUUCCCCAACACCCACUCCUACACCAUUACCGCCUCGACUCGCCCCUUCGCACCGUCGCAGGGAAACAACAUCGGAAUCGUUGGGAGAGUACAAGGCCACGAGGACACUGGCCGUCACCGCUGCGACGUCCACCACUGUCGCCUCCUCUAGCACCGUGACAACCACCGCAGAUGGCUCGGUUCUAACAGCAUGGUCUACCAUUCCUGUCGCCAAAACCAUGGGUCUCAUCAUGCCCAAUCCCUACAAGGACGUGUAUGUCGGCCUCGACUAUACCUUUGGGUGGGUUGAGCCCGGUCCCCGCCCAGGAGCCUACGCAGGAGGCUGGUUAAGAACCAUUGAGCCCAUGCUCAUCAUGCCAAACCUCACUGUCGACCUGUUCCCUGUUACCGGAACGACCGACCCCACCAACUCGAGCGCAUACCCUUUGCUAUCGUCGUCAUUAUGCGCGGCCCAGGUGGUCGACAACUGGUCGUAUUCGUAUGGUUUCAAGUUUGACAAGCCUGGAUGGUACAUGUACGUCAUUAACGAAACAUGGGUCCAACCAACAGUCGAAAACAACAUGUGCGGAUACCCCAUCGUUUCCGACAUUUCGUUCUUUGCUACACAGAGCAUCUCGGUAAAGGCAUACUCAACCGGUCUUGAGCCCGUCUCUCCGACCGCUUUGAAUACAAUCUGGAACUCCGUGUCGACCGCCCUGCCUUCAGACCCACCGUUCGACGUCCAGAAGACUACCAAACGCCAAGGUCUUGCCAUUGGCCUGGGCUUUAUGGCAGCCGGCCUUGGUGUCAUCCUCAUCAUUCUAACAAUCUUCUGGGUGCGGAGCAGGCACAGAGCGCAGCGAGAGUUCCUUCAAGAGAACCCCGACCACCCGCUCAACCCGUACCGCCAGCGGAACCGGUACUUUUGGCAACUCCGUGGACUGCGCGAGCCACCAUGCAGCAAAAUGUUAACGCCUGCACGACAGCGCAUGAUGCCGCUCAUGUCUCAAGUCAACAGCUACCCCAAUGUCUAUCCUGGCACUGCGUAUCCUGUCGGGCAAGAGCACCUCUAUGGGGCAAUACCAAACGUCCGCGGCCCCCGACCCAUGUACGGAGCACCUGCUGCACCAAUGUACGACGUCGGUGCUGGUCAGGUAUACGCACAAGUCCCACAAGUCCCACAAGUCCCACAAAAGGAACCAUACUGGAAGGGGUCCGGGCCGUUCGAGAGACCGAUAGCUUCACCAGUGUACAACAUUGUCCCUCAGGUUGAGUCUCCCAAACGGCAACCCGUAUAUGACAAGCCUCUCCCAACCCGUCCACCCACCGAGUAUUCAGUAGACACCGCUCUCCCGCGCCAGCAGACAGCAAAGGAACAGCAAGAGUCAAGAUUUGCUUCGUUGAAGCGCAAAAUCGCAGAGCAGGCAGGCGUCAGUCAAGAGCGUGUUCCAUGGUUUCGGUUCAAAACCCCGAACACUAGCGGCGCCCACACCGAAAUGUCGUCUCCUAUCGACCCUCCACUACCGCCGGACGCGGCCCCUUGGGGACAUGCUGCGACCGAGACUAUCGGCUCUGGAGACCACAGUGUUGUUGCUCCAGCAGACUCCAUCGAUAUGCUUCGUUCCCCCGGCCCCGGUGCGAGCGUUUACGCUGGUGGGUCGUGGAGACCACUCGCCUCUCGGGCCCCAUCAGAAGAUACGUCCUCGGGCUCAAAUUUCCGUGGUCCUGCCAGCACAGCGAACAAGGUGGCUGCGUACCGAGCAGCACGGAACAGCAAGAAGGUCCUGCGCAAGAAACCCCCUCCUUCUCUCCUCCGUGAUCCCCCACCGCAGCCUCAGACACGCCAAACCCCACAGCAUCAGCCCCAGACCAUCACGUCACCUUACGACAAACCACUCCCAGACCCUUCCAUCAAGCAUCCCAAACCUCACCGCGCUUUGGGACUUACAAGAAACCAGUCCAAGCACUGGUUACAUCCCGAUUCGCCAGACUCGUAUCCUUAG